GCGCGGGGAGACUUCCAACAUACGAAGUGGAGAUCUGGAAGUUGCUGGACGUAGACAGCACUCCACAAGUUCCUGCUUGGCCUUCAGCAUCUGUUUAUAGGGUCCUUCCAGGCCUUCGAUAUGGGCCCGUUUGGGAAUCCUCAGUAAAUAAAGUGCCGGCCGAGAAAGUGCCUUGGAAAGUUUCCGUGCCCAACGUUUUGACUGGCCUCGGUCAGUUGGUGGGAUUCCAUGGUGCUGAAGACACACACACAUCUCCAGAAUCAUGAACGAUCAGCUGGAUGUAAAGAUACCAGUCUGCGUAGGACUCAAGUGAUGGUAUUUUAUUUCACAGAUUGGCUUCCUCUGAAAGAAGUUCAGUGCGCUCUUAAAAAUAACCAUUGUCGCGAGACAUACAACGCACGGAUUUAAAACUGGAGUGGUGAUUCACAGGAUUUUUGUCGGGAACUUUCUUGAUGGGAGAUACCCUCCUGUAAGAACUCCUCCUUUCGUCUAAAAGGAGAGCUUUCUUACGUUUAGCGAACUUAUUAGUGGUGAAAAAUUGAUCGUUGGUUAACAGUGCCUUUUUCUCGAUAUGUGAUCUUUGGAAUAUGUAACUCACUUGGACCAACUGGAUAUCUUAUUGCAUCAUCAUUUAAACAAUCAGGUCCAGCGGUUUUGAAGAAAGCAUAUUCGUCUGCAUCUUGAGAGCAUCUAGUUGUCUUACUCACCAAAAAGUAAUAAAGACGAGGCUGCAAGACGUGAAAAUUACCAUGUCUUAAAGACUUGAGUCUACUACGGGGAGCGUCGCACCAUGCCUGAAGGAGGCGGCAGUAACGACUGCCAUCUUUGUCAUAUACACGACCAUGCUCCAGCCUCCACACUGUUGAGGACGCAUCCACUGCGAGCAUCCCAGUCCAGAUCCAGAAACCCAAGUAAAUCAUCCAUCACGACGCUCAAUCGCAAUCUGCAUCAUCAUCACCACCACCACCAUGAUGGUGGUCACCACUCACGAGACAACGGUACAAUCAGGGAUGCUGAUGCGAAAUCUAUGAGAGUUGCCAGUGCUCUGGCAAAGCUCAGUGAAAGAUCCCAUUCCCUGCCUGGAAGCCGUGCCAGCACCAUAUCUAGGCCCAAUGUAGUGUCAGUCUUGCCAAAUGGCUCACCACCUGAACACGUUCACAGAGGAAAUGACGUCCACAGCAUUUCCCGCUCACAACGGGAGUACAACAAUGUACUUGCAGCUUUACUCGAUACGCGUGUGGGCAGCCUGCCUAGCUCCCACAGUGCAAGUCACAGGGAACCAGAUCUCUUGAACGCUCUUCCUAGGACACGCAACAAUAGCAGGGCAAGUACUUUGUCGCGAGGACAACUACAUCACAGCAAUUUGACUCUAGCACAAGAUACUGAACAGGAUUAUUACACUCACAUCAACAGAUCAAGAUUUAAAGAUGAAGCAAGAAAGCAGAGAUUUAAUAUUCAAACAGUUAUGCUCAUUGGCUGCUACACUAUGUUGUUUGUAGUAGCUAUUAUCGUAGGUGUGGUACUCUGUCAGCAAAAUGGUUGGCUUGGUUUUGGACAUGGAUCUUCUGAUGAAGUCUCAGGUAAUAUAAGUGAUUCCCCGAACAGUCAAGAUGCUGGAACGUCCUCAAUGCGUGACUUAGGCCGCUCAACCCGAGGCAGAGGAAAUCGUGGUAACUGGCCAGGUCCCACUAUAGAUUAUGACUAUCCAUCAGACAGUCAGCCUCCACGUAUCAAUUCAGCUGGAAUUUUCCCAGGAGGACAAGGAAGAGGCACAAACCUUCAAAAUACACCUGGUUCAAAGGAAGACCCUUUAAGAACUGUCAAUUUUCAACCUACAGGUCCAUUUGAUGGGCCCAAUGGCAAUCCCAGACGGCCUAUCCAAAGAGCACCUAGUCCUGUGGGAGGAGGAAGUACACUAGGAAGUGGAAAAAGUAUCGCAGAUUCUCGUGAUGAAUCUCCAGACAAUGGGUUUGGUGGUAAUGGACAAAAUACUAGGAAUCAAAAUACCAAUAGACAACAGUCAACAAAUAACAAUCCUUUCAGUAACUUUGCCAAUCCCGGGAGAACAGGAACUGUUGAUUCUGAUGCACCAGGAAGGCCAAACUUACAAAAUUUUCCUGGUAAUACUCAAAGGUCAUCAAACCAGAACACAGCAGGAAUUAACAAUUCCAACAUCAAUCAAAAUAGAGGAUCAAACCCAAAUUCUAAUGGCGUAAAUAACAGGAAUUUCAAUGGUAACAUAGAAAACACAGGUGUCUUCCCAAAUAGACCUAAUGGAAAUUUUGCUUCAUCUAAUGGAAACCAGAGAAACCAACCAAAUAGGAAUUUUGACAAUGCUGCAGACAAUACAAGAAACAGUCACAAUAGCAACUUCAACACAGGAACAGGAUUUGAAGAAACCAAUCCGAGUGGAAGUUUCCCCCCCAAUGGACAAGGUUCUGCAGUGAGAAAUUUAAAUGAAGGCUCAAAUUUACAUAGAGACAAUCUUAAUGGAAAUUCAAAUACCAAUGGAGGAAGAAACUUCAAUAAUGCCUUUAGUUCCAGUGGAAGGGGAAAUGCCAAUGAUGGCACACUAUCUAAUGGAAGAGGAAAUUUCAAUGACGGCAUAGGAUCUAAUGGAAGAGGAAAUUUCAAUGAUGGUACAGGCUCUAAUGGAGGUGGUAAUUUCAAUGGCCCAUCUGAUGGAAGAAGAAAUUUCAAUGGUGCAUCUAAUUCAAAUGGAAGAGGAAAUUUUGAUGCAACUGUAGGGAUUGACGGAAGUAAUUUCAACACAGGUCAAAGAGGAACUGGAAAUUUUGACAAUGGUGCUAGUUCUGGUGUGGUGGCAGGAAAUUCUGAUAUGAGUUCUGGGGGAACAAGCAAUUUUGGUAGCAAUGGAGGCUCCGUAGGGUUUGGAAACUCUGCUACUGGUUCUAGCGCUGGUGUAUCUGAAAAUUUUGAUGGCAUUAACUCAAGUGGAACCAAUGAUUUUCACAGCAGUUCUGGUAUGCGAGGAACAACAAAUGCUAAUGGUGGCAGCUCCAGUAGUAUGGGAAAUUUCAAUAGUGGCUCUGGAAUGAGAGGAGAUCAUUUUGAUAAUUCUGGUGAUCCUCCAGGAUCUGGAAAAUUUGAGCCAUCUGGAAUGGGCCCAGUGAGAACAUUUGACAAUUUUCAAACUGACGUUAUGGGAGAUACAAACUCUGGUUUAAACAACAGAGGCUCAAAUGCUUUCAACAAUGCAGGCAGUUCAGGAGCAAUGGGAAAUAUAAAUUCUGGUUCUACUUCACAAGGAGAUAAUUUUAAUCAUGGAGGUGGAUCUAAUGGUUUUGGGAAUUUUAAUUCUGGGAAUGAUAUGGUGGGUGUACCAAAACUGAACGACGCAUCAGGUACAAGAGGAAUGUCAGAUUUUACUAAUGGAGACGGACCUGGUGGAAGAGGAUCAUCAAAUAACUUUGGUGUCAAUAGACCAUCCACUGGUAGUGACAAUUUUAACACUAACUCAGGAAUGGGAGGAUCAGCUAGUGGAAACUCUGGAGCUACUGACAACUUCAACUCAGGUUUAGGAAGUUCAGAUCAUAGCACUUUUAAUGAUAAUUUGGGUACCAGUUUUGGGAGUGGUUCUGCUUCAGGUGGAAGAAAUAACUUUCCCAACACAAACCAAGGUAGUUCAAGUAUGAACAAUGGGGACAGAAUGAACCAGGAACAAUUUAGAGCUGGAAUUAGUGUCGAUAAUUUUAGCAGUGGCUCAGCUGGAACUCUUGGAAGUCAGAUAAACAGCAAUGGAGGCUCUAGGUUAGGGACAGCUGGAAAUACCCAUAUGGACUUUGGAAUGGGUUCAAGUAACAAUGGCCAUUUAAAUACUGGCACAGGGAACAUGGGGAUUAACCAGUUUUCUGGAGGAUCCAAUAAUAAUUUUGACAUACCCUCUGCUAUACUUGGUGACAGUAGACUACCCACACCAAUUCCUGGUAUGUUCCCUCAAGAAAUGAGAGAUCUAGGUAAUGGAGACAGAAGGAGGAUGCCAAGUGGACGCAAUUUAAAUCUGCAAAAUCUUCCUACCGGUGAUCAGUCUGAUAGUAUGCUUAAUAAACAAAGUGGAGGAGCAAACAGUAGUCCAGGUAUACCAUCAGUGGAUCAUGGAGGGCACAGUAGCAUGAGCAGUGGAAUGCAUACAAAGUCUUCAACGCCAUUAAACACGGGAACUAGCGAUCAUCAGAAAAUUACAGAAGGUUCUACAGGUCACAACUGGGAGGGGCAGAAAGCUAAAGGAAGUCAGAGUGCAAAUGGAAAUUCUGGAUCACCUGUCACUGAUGGAGUGAGCCUUCCUUCAAGUGGUCCCACUUCAUCAGGAUCUCAACAGCCUACAAAUACAUUUGCAACUGGAGUUGGAAGUGGUAUGGCUUUGGGUGUUAAUGGCAAUCAGUUCAGUGGUCAACCUACACCUGAGAUACCAGUAACACCACACCAAGGAAUUAUCACCAUCCCACCAUCCAGUGGUACCCCAACACCUCUGAAAGUCAUGAAAGGUUUCACUGUACAACGUGGAGAAGUUGUAGCCAUCAGCACUAUAAAAUCUUCCGACAAGGAUAUAUCAAUACUACAACCAGACCAUGAUGUUAUCUUCCAUAUCACUCCCAACGCCCCAGAUGCUGGGGUAUCACUUAUAAGACACCCAAACCAAGAUCCCAAUGUGAUGGGUGUUGUGGGGCCAACAAACACCACAACGCCUCGUAGAGGUAGUGCUGCAUCCCCAGUGUUACGAAGGUGGGAGCACACGGACCACGACGGGACACUAUCGAGAGGUCUUGUAAGACAGGAUGGUUCCUUUGCUUUCACCAACUGUCGUCCCCCAGAAAGCUGUGGCAACUCUGGUUCUUCAGGGAGCUGAAAUUUCAGAAUCUAGUGUGAAUUAAAUUCAGUCAAUUACAAAUAAUGUCACCCCGUGAUGUGUUCUCAGAUGUCCAUGUGUGCUAAUGAUUUACAUCAGUUUAAUAUCAAGAUGAAAUAGCGUUAGUUAAAGUUAACCUUACAGACGAAGUAAGUUCUAGUUCUAAUGGAAAAAGCUCUAUGUCUAAAAUUUCAAUUAAUGCACUUGAACAGCUGGAAAUUAUAUAAACAAUCAAACGCAAAUUUACUGUGAAUAUCCUAGUGAAUUAUAUCGAGAAGAAACUUAUCAAAACAAAUUAUUUCUGACUACAAGAAAUAAAAAUGAGGCAUUCAGAUGCACCCGUGCGAACAAAGAGUCUUAACUUAUUAUUUAUCAAGCGCCGGUCACCGCGUGAGGGUGAACGAGGGAAGUGGUGGAAAGAGAAUAUGUGAUGAUGUUUCAGUAUUCUUGUUCUCAGAAACGAAAGUGCCAUCAGGACUUCUGGAAAAGUUCAAGGUUGAAAACUUCAACUUUUUCUGUUCGAAGUAUUAUUAGUAUGUAAGAAUCAGUCAACGUUUUAGGUACUCCCCUUAUUAAUAUUUAUUCAAAAGUAAAUAUUAUAAUGGUUUGGCUCUUGUCUAUUUCAUCGAAAGAUAAAGGUGUGAUAAAGUGUAUGUCCGGAGCCAAAUAGACGAAUAUAUACAUGUAUAUAUACAUAUGCAUAUAUAUUACUAAUCAGUGUUGAUAAUAAGCAUCCUCAUGUUGACAACAAGCUCAUUGGUCGGACAUUGAUUGAUCAAGAGAAUCUCCUCGAGGACCAAUGCAGCCGGUAUACAUAACUUACGUCAUUAACUUCUUUUUCGUUAAAAUCUUAUAUUAUUUUCUUGUUACUUUAAAAGUGUGUAUAUAUAUAGUAUAUAAGUAAAUACACACGCACAUAUAUUUCAAUUAGUAUCAAAUGAAAAUAUAUAUGUGUGUAUAUAUAUAAUAUAUACGAAUUCCCUUAACAGUGCCUUAUUGUAAAUGGUGUAAAUGUUUGUCAUACUAUUGUCUACUGCUUUUCUGUUCUGUAACAUAAAUAUAUUAGUUUUCUGUAAACUAGUCCAACUUUG